AAAGGAACGGAUAUAUUUACUGUCAGAUACGGACUGAAAUUUCUCUGGACCACAUUUAAGAUUUCAAAAGAGGGGCAAAAUAUCCACACUCUGGAAUCCAAGAAUUGAAGAAUAACAUCUCCGCACAUCUGAAAACAUGAAGACUUUUUGAUAAGCCAGUAAUGUCUUUCCAUAUGGUGCGGUCUUUCCUGAGCGGCCUGUGCCGCAGGAAGCCAUUGGAACCAGAGGGUGAGGUCUCCACCUUCCGUCGCUGUCUCACCACAUUGGACCUUGUGGCCCUGGGAGUGGGCAGCACUUUGGGGGCUGGAGUCUAUGUACUCACUGGGGAGGUGGCCCGAACUAUGGCUGGACCGAGUAUCAUCAUCUCAUUCUUCAUCGCUGCGUUAGCUUCCAUCUUUGCAGGGCUCUGCUAUGCUGAGUUUGGUUCAAGGGUCCCUAAGACUGGAUCUGCCUAUCUGUACAGCUAUGUAACUGUAGGAGAGGUGUGGGCCUUCAUCACAGGAUGGAAUUUACUACUGUCUUAUGUCAUCGGCACAUCAAGUGUUGCCAGGGCAUGGAGUGGGACAUUCGAUGAUCUUCUUGGAAAUGUGAUGGCUGAUUACUUUAACAAACAUGCAGCCAUUGGGUUGCCUGGCAUGGCAGCCUAUCCAGACUUUUUUGCAGCUGGCCUCAUAAUGAUCCUCUCUGGUCUUCUUGCAUAUGGUGUGAAAGAAUCAACCACUGUCAACAAAAUAUUUACAAGUGUUAAUAUACUGGUGUUAAUAUUUGUCAUAAUCACUGGCUUCUUCAAGGGAAAACUGCAGAACUGGUUUAUCACAGAAGAGAUCAUUCUGAAUGCAACAGCAAAGUUUGAAGGCCUAACAUCAACCCUAAAUGUCACAACUAAGUAUGGGAUGGGUGGCUUUUUUCCAUUUGGAUUUGAAGGAACGCUGGCAGGGGCAGCGACAUGUUUCUAUGCAUUUGUUGGUUUUGACUGCAUUGCAACUACGGGCGAGGAGGUGAAGAACCCACAAAAGUCUAUUCCUCUGGGUAUCGUGGCCUCUCUGCUCAUCUGUUUCUUGGCAUAUUUUGGUGUGUCGGCUGCUCUAACAUUGAUGAUGCCAUAUUACAGACUCGACACACAGAGUCCCCUGCCCGUGGCUUUUGCCGACAUCGGUUGGGAGGCUGCAAAGUAUGUUGUGGCAGUUGGGUCUCUGUGCGCUCUCUCGACAAGUCUUUUGGGGUCCAUGUUUCCAAUGCCCCGAGUCUUGUUUGCAAUGGCAAGAGAUGGACUCAUGUUCAAAUCGCUGUAUAAAGUCAGCAUACGGCAGAGUCCAGUUGUGGCCACACUAUCAUCUGGCUUUGUGGCGGCAAUAAUGGCUCUUUUAUUUGACCUGAAGGCAUUGGUUGAUAUGAUGUCGAUAGGAACGCUGUUCUCCUACACACUUGUGGCUAUUUGUAUUCUUCUACUUCGGUAUCAAGAGACAGCUUCAGAGGAAAACGAUUUGCGCACACCCACAACCUCCAUCUUUGGGUUUCUGAAACCCCCUUUGUAUCCUACCAAUGAAACUUCGAACACCGUCACAACCUGCACAGUAUUUCUUGUUGUAUUGGUGCUUAUUCUGUCACUGCUGAUGUCCAAAGCUAUCAGAUCUUUGUUACUGUUUGAGGUCUGGAGUAUUGCAAGUGUAUCUGUGAUCCUGGUCAUAAUGAUUCUCACUAUUAUCGUAAUCUACCGGCAGCCCCAGAGCCCAACCAAAGCCUCCUUCAUGGUCCCAUUCUUGCCGAUACUCCCUGUGGUGAGUGUGUUCAUCAACAUUUACCUUAUGGUUCAGCUAGGAGGAGACACCUGGGUACGCUACGCUGUGUGGAUGGCUGUGGGAUUCCUUAUCUAUUUUGGAUAUGGAGUGAGAAACAGUGUCCAGAGGCAAAGGUUACUCAUUAGUCAGGUCAACAUUGAAGCGAUUGAAACCAAACCUGAUAAAGAUGGACCAAAGUGACGAAACCCUUAAACCUCCAAAAAUCAAUUGCAUUGGUCAUGUUGAUGCCAUUUCAGCAGCUUUUUUCUUUCUUUCUUUCUUUCUUUCUAGUUUUUAACUAAGCUUUAAUUAUGUUUGUGAUGAAAUCCUC